ACUCGAAUAAUAUCGAUUAGUGCUUCUUAGGGUACUCCGUGAAAAGUUGCGAAUAUAAUCCAAGACAAGAUGGGCAGUUUAGCUAUAAAAUUAAUAUUAGUUUGUGCAAUAGGGGCUACACAGGCUAGUCUUGGGGGUCCCUACAUCCUGUGGGGACUCGAUCGAUUGAGAGACAUGGAGGUAUCCGCCCUCAGGGGUAUAAGUGAUAAAGCCCUGAAGGACAUCUAUGGUGGGGCCAAUUAUGUGAUUAUUUUCUUGCAAAAUAGCACAGCAAGACCAACUCAGGAUCUCUAUCCACGAUUUAUGGAAGUGAUUAACAACACCAGUUGGAUUUAUUUGCCACAGAAUUGGAUUUUCUCCGAUUCAAUGGAAUACAAUCCUAAUACGGAAGUUAAUCAUUUAGUUGGUCCACCUUCACAGUGUGACUCGGAAUUGGCUACACUUUUCCAUAAUGCUGAACUCACGUAUGGCGAAGGGAAGGUUUUGGGGAUAUUGGCUAGCAAUAUUGAAGAUACUCAUGAGAUAAGAAAGAGAGAGGCUACCGAUGCUACCACAACACCCCUACCGAAUCCAACAGAUGAACCCAUGGAGGAGGGUUUCGUCUACUAUCUCAAGGACAAAGCAAUAAUGUACACCACAAGUGCACCUGUCUUGUCAUUUGAAAAUACAACCAAUGAUGAUGGUAUUACGACUGUUGAAUUAAAAUCCCACGGGCAACUCAUGGUUGAUGAGCGUGAACAAUACAUUCGUCUUAUGAUUCAAUUCAAGACCGAGGAGGGUAGUAAACUCUUCCUCCGCUUCAAAUUUCCCAUUCGAUCUGGCUAUUGGUAUCUCACUGAAGUUGAAAUUGAGGACUACAACCGCAACCCACCACGAAGCACCCUCCAAAUUCAAGGUGAACCCCCAUCGGCACCAAUGAAAUUUUCCUGGCACUGCGCUCAGGGAUUAGUUUUCCGCAGCAAUUCAUCCUCUCUUACAUUGGAUAAUGUUCAGAUUCAACCAUAUCUCAAUGGGAGAAAUGUCUUCUCGGAUGCUUAUGACUGCGUUGGCUUCAUGACAGCCCCCAUAUGGUCAGGAAUUGGUGUGAGCUUCCUUGUGCUUUUUGGUGUGGCUAUUGCAAUUAAUGCCAUCUUAGAAAUAAAACCGCCAAAUCGCUUUGAAAGUAAUCGCAACAAGCAAUUGACUUUCACUGUUCAAGAAUAAAAAUGCAAAAGUGAUUUUGUAGAAUAUUAGAACACAACAAGUGAAAAGAUCGAUAGAGAAAAUGUGGAAUUCAUGUUGACAUCGUUUAAAUAAAAACAAGAGAGAGGAAAACAUAUAAAAUUUAAAAUUCAAUGUUUCAUUUCAUCGUUUUUAUAUAUAAAAAGAAUGUGUAUAUAUAGCUAUGUUUUAGUAAUCAAUUUUCAAUUUGUUCAUCUCGUGUCUUUCUUUUCUCUCAAACCCCCUUUUUGGGUGUUGCGGAAAAAGUUGUAUAGUGAUGUAGCUUUCUUCGCGGUAUCAUCAACAUUGGGUUUAAUAUUAAAACUGCAUUCACUUUAAUACUGUGUCGCUUCCCAUAUCUCCAAUAUUCAAUAGAAAGUUAUGCGCAAAGAUUGAAAUUAUUCAGAUAAUAGAUUCAAUUAUUGUAUAAUAACUUCAAAUAAAAAAACAUCAAAAAAUCAAUUAUUGUCUGAUUGAUUCCCAAUUUUUGAAGAAGGUAAUUGUUUGACAAAAAUAUUGACUUUCUUAUCCAUUAGCAAAUUGAUUUGACUUGUUUGUAUUAUUUCUCCAUCCCGCGUAUGAUUGGAAAAAAUAAAAUAAUUUUAGAUUUCCUUCAAAAAUAAAAUUUAAAAACCUUCA